GUGCCUCCUCUUCACGUUCAUGAGAAAAGUCUGUGAAAGCGUCACACCGAUGGUGCUGGAGUCUGCACAAAGGUCAGUCCCCGGUUCAUCUGAGCUAAAGCCCUUCAAAGCCGAGAAGAGGCAUCUGAUUCUAGAAAUGCCGCCUGCAUGAAGACGGAAGGAAAGAGGCUGUGGUUUUUGCAGACUUCGUCGAAAAGCACACCUCCUGUUGCGUUUGAUGGGCGGGGCCCCAGAGACGUGAGAUGAGAAGAGUCUCAGUCUUCACAGAUGAAUCAGCCUGGAAGGAUGAAGCUGCUGCUGAUCAGCCUGCAUUUCUCUUCUCUCUGCACGCUCUCUUCUUGGAGUGUAUCAUUGAACACAGUGAAUGUCAGGCAAACUACAGACUUUGAUGCCUUUGAAGGAGAAGCUGUGACCAUCAGCUGCUGCUGGACAGGGUGGACCAGAGUGAGAGUGACCUGGUUCAAAAAUCAAGCAACAAUCAAAAAUGAUUCCUUUUUGACAAAUCCGCUUCAAGAAACUCAAAAAGAUGAGAUGGAAAAAUGUUCAUUCUGGAACUUUGACAGCAUCAAAAAACAGGAUUCAGGCAGAUACGACUGUGAAAUUAUCAUUGAGAUCCCUGAAUUAAUUAAAGUCAGGGGAAACGGUACAAUCAUCACCGUGGCAACCAGAGAGAACCAAACUAACACAAACGUUCCUGAACAACCCACGGGUCUUCCAGUUUCCAUCGUGGCGUCUGUGGCGGUGGCGUCGCUGCUGCUCCUGAUCACCUUAGCCUGCUUCUGCUGUCUGCGAAAGAACAAAGGCUCGGGAGGCGCGGCGCGGGUCAUACACCAGAGUCCCUACACCAACUCAGACAUCAGUGACAUGGACAAUCACAGCACCAGCUCCUCCAGAGGCUCCUCUCAGUGGUGCCAGGUUCCUGUGUACGACUCCCUGGACUACUUUGAGCACGUGGAAAACAAAGAACGUGAAUGAGGAUGUGCGGUUCUCCUGCUUCUCAGCUUGUUUAUAUUUAACCCUCACCCACUGAUUCUGCAUGGAAGCUUCACCAGAGACGAGGCUGAGUGGGACGAUGGAGAACUGCUGCUUCAGGAAGUGGAAAGAAUGCCUGUGAACGCUUUUCUGUGGGCCUGCAGGCCGAAUGAGGAGUUCUCAGUCUUUAUUUUCCACAGAGCUCUAUGAUAAAACCCAUCAAUGCUUAGAUGCCAGAAGACAGAAAUCACUGCAAACUCCCACCGCAAAUGUCUGCAGCUCCUUCAAUUUUCUUUGUCUUUGAGGCAGUGGAGGGUCUUAAUCCCCUUUUCUCUGUGUAAACUCUUUACAUUUGUACAACCCAGGGUGAGUUUAAGGAGUUUACAAACUGAGCAGUGAGCUGCUUUUUCUGGGGUCGCUCCAUUGACUUUAUACGCAAACUGGACUGAUUGACCCCUCCCACCUGGUGUGCCAAACAGGAAGUACCCGCUGGUUCCAAAAGUCCCAUAGACUUCUAUAGAGAAAUAAACAGCUAGAAUAGAACAGUCAGUAGAACAGUAUUAAUCGGAAUAACCAUUCUUGAUCUGAUACCUUUUGUUUUUUUACAACAUCUUGAUAAUCCUCUUUAAAUAUUUUUCUGUAGUGCAAAUUAUUUAAGUCAUAAACCGACCAAUGAGAUGUCUCAGUAAAAGCUCUGCUAAAUUAAAUGAAAAGAUAUGAGCAGCAAUGUUCUGCCGCUUUUUCUUUCUGUAAAAAGGUCAAUG